UUUGAUUGGUCAAUAUAGUUUGAGUAGCGGAAGCCCUGGCAUUAUGAAGUAAAACAGGCCACCACCUCGAUGUUGCGACGAAAGUAUCGGUUUGUGCUGUUCCUCGGGACGAUAUGGAUAGUAGGGAUUGUUCUUUACGCCUUCAAAUCCUACAACAGCCCGAAAUCCGAGGAGGUACGUGAUUUUGAUGGAGUGUUUGAUGAUAAACCAAACCAUGUGGAGAUGGAUAUGGGGUUCAAAUCACCAGAAAUGCCCAGAAAGAUCUCGCCACCCAAACGGGGUCAAAGGGAAUAUCCACCACAGGACCAAGUUAUCAGUGACGGUCCUAAUGACAUAGCAUGGCAGGAUUUUGAUGAGAAGGCAUACAUCGACAAGAAGAGGUGCACAUCUGGACAGGACUGUUACUCGGCAAACAAGUUCAACCAACUAGCCAGUGAUAACGUAAAGAGUAAUCGUCAUGUAAUGGACACACGCCACACCAUGUGUAAGUCUGCCGACCUCUCCACAGACCUGCCUGCCACUACUGUCAUCAUCACCUUCCACAAUGAGGCUAGGUCCACCCUCAUCCGUACUAUCGUUAGUGUCUUCAACAAAAGUCCAGCUCAUCUCAUCACGGAGAUCAUACUGGUGGAUGACUUUAGUGAUGAUCCAUCUGAUGGCUUGGAGGUGGAGAAAAUAAAAAAAGUGAAACUGAUCCGUAACAAUAAGAGGGAGGGGCUUAUGAGGUCAAGGAUCAAGGGUGCUGAUGCUGCCUCGGCGACGGUGCUGACCUUCCUUGACAGCCAUUGCGAAUGUAACGAGAAGUGGCUUGAGCCCCUGUUGGAGCGCGUGGCUGAGGAUAAACAUCGUGUGGUAAGCCCGAUCAUUGAUGUCAUCAACAUGGACAACUUCGAGUAUAUUGGUGCAUCUGCUGAUCUCAAGGGAGGUUUUGACUGGAAUCUUGUUUUCAAAUGGGACUAUAUGACGUACGAGGAGAGAAACAAGAGGAACAGCAAUCCUAUAGGGCCAAUCAGAACACCGAUGAUAGCUGGAGGUUUGUUCGCCAUUGAAAAGAGUUGGUUUGAUGAGCUUGGAAAAUAUGACAUGAAAAUGGAUGUUUGGGGUGGUGAAAAUCUAGAAAUAUCUUUUCGAGUGUGGCAGUGUCACGGAUCACUGGAGAUCAUUCCCUGUAGUCGAGUAGGACAUGUCUUCAGGAAACAACACCCCUACACCUUCCCUGGAGGAAGUGGCAACGUCUUUGCCAGGAACACGCGGCGAGCAGCAGAGGUAUGGAUGGACGAGUAUAAGGAGUUCUACUACGCAGCUGUCCCCUCGGCUCGUAUGGUCUCCUUUGGCGAUAUCUCUGAGAGGUUGAAGCUGCGUGAAAAUCUGCAAUGCCAUAAUUUCAAGUGGUUCUUGGAGAAUGUUUACCCAGAACUCAAGGUCCCUAACACACAGGAUGUGGCGUUUGGCUGUAUACAGCAGGACACUAUGUGUGUCGACACACUGGGCAACUUUGCUGAUGGCACCCUGGGAGUCUUCCCAUGUCACUUUGCUGGAGGAAAUCAGGAAUUUUCAUUGGGCAAAGAUGGAAUGAUUCGACAUCUUGACCUCUGCUUGACCUUGACAUCAACAUCAGAGGGUAAUACCAUCAAACUUUACCAGUGUCAGGAAAACAACAACUUACAGGUGUGGAAACGAUACAAUGAGGACGUUAUGCUGAAGAGUAAACACCUAGAUCUCUGUCUGGACAGUCGGGAAGUGCAGACAAAGAAUAAGGGGCUCACCGCCAACAAGUGUGAUACAGAUUCUUCCUCGCAACGUUGGACCUUCCAGGUCUCUAGGAACUGAGGACCAAAGUCAUGGCAGCCUUACAAUGAAGCUUUAGUCAUGUUCAGGAUCUGCCAAAAAAGUCAAAUGAAAUCCAAGUUGUAACAGUUUUCCAGGUUAUGCCAUAACUGCAUGCUACAGCUUUACUCCAUCUCAGGGUCCGUGUGUUAUUUGUUGUUUGUCUGGUAAAUCUCCAGUUGUCUCCCCCUCACAUAGCAUUGGUAUCAACUGUUUUAACCAACCCAGUCAAUUACUACUGCAACAAUAUUUACAGUUGCAAAUGUGGAAACCAUAGUAUACAUGUAGGUCACUGCUCUGCGCAUAGCCAUUGGCAAACACAGGAACCAUAGGUCACAAUUGCCCAUAUCCAUUUGUUAACACAGGAAUAGUAGUAUAGGUCACUGUUCUACCCAUGAUCAGUGAACCGUAGCAUUAGUUAACAUGGCAGUAUAGGUCACUGUUCUACCAAUGGUCAGUGAACCGUAGCAUUAGUUAACAUGGCUGUAGAGGUCACUGUUCUACCCAUGAUCAGUGAACCGUAGCAUUAGUUAGCAUGGCAUAUAUGUAAGUGUUAUGUACAUGGUCAGUGAACCAUAGCAUUAGUUAACAUGGCAGUCUAGGUUAGUGUUAUGCCCGUGGUCAGUGAGCCGUAGCAUCAGUCAUGGAGUGAGAACUGGGAGGUUUAUCAGACACUGUUCCAUGUGAUUUUAAAACUAACUGAAUUCCUGCUGAGCAGGGGUGUCGGGACUGCAGUGGUCGUUGUUUACAUCAAAUAUAUAUUGUCAAUUUUUAUAUUAUCCUACUGAUUAACUUGUACUUAUUUUACUAAUUAUUGCACCUCGUGUGCAAAUGAUAUGAUAUCUAGGUAGGAUAUUGCACUGAAUGGUUAUCAAGGGAUUAAAACAAAAUGUGAUUAUGAAGUUAGGAUGUGAAAGGAAAUGGAUUAUGAUGAGGAUAAUAUUUAAUUAUUUUAUGGAACAAACAACAUUUGAGCUGGCAAUCAGUUUUGUUUCUGGAUGAAAUGAAAAUAAAAAUAAACCUGAUAACUAUUAGACAGGCACACUUUCCAGAACAGUCUUUAAAUUUAGAUUUGAUGAAGAAGGUAUGAGACAAUAUAUAAACAUUUAGAGAAAGGGGGAUAUUUCAUUAAAAAUAAGUACAAACUUAACAAUAAGUAUUACAAUUUUGUAAAGAUCUGACAUAUGACAUAAAUAUGAAAGAGGUUGUAGGAAAUGAUUCAGGCUCUGUAACAUAGUAGAUUUUUAGAAGUCUUAGAAGCCAUGGAUAGAGCGAUGCUUUCAGACAUUCAUAUGAUACCUGUUAAUAUAUUUAUAUAGUUAUGUAAGAGGGAGGAAUACGGCAGCGUCUGAUUUUAUAAUUCAUUUCAAUGGGAUUGACAUGUUAUUUAACAGCUCUAGGACCAAUUUUAUAAAUUUUGCAUCCAAGUCCCUCACAUUUCAUCUACAUAAUCAAGUUAUAAUCAGAGUUUUGUGAGAUAUCAGAAUGAUAAUCAUAUGUCUGUUGUCUAUCCAUAUUUUGUUAUUGUUAGUAUCGUACAAAUGACAGCCAGCUUCCUGACAGUGUAUGUCAUGUAUACCAUCUUCUACGCAACUGUGUACAUUUUCUGAUCAUCAAUUUCAGACUAUGCCAAACUAUCAAUUAAUAGUGUGGUUAUAGUAUGUCAUGGAAGAUCAGGGUAAAUGAGUCAUCAUCACUGCUUCAUCAGCUUCAGUUUUGAUAAACCACUUGGUUGUAAAGUCACUAUCAAACAACAGUGUUUUUAUCAAGAAAUCACAAUUGAAUGGCCGAUCAAAAAGUAGGUGAUUGGACAUUGGGGAUCUAUCAUUAAUCCUUCGGAUUGGUCAACUUGACGCCAGGAUCUGAGCUUGUUAAACAGACUGGCAUGUUAUAAAUUUUGCCUGACAAUCAUAACACAAGGGAUUAAGCCAGCAUUGCAGUUUGUCCUUUACCAUGUAGUAAUUAUCAUUCACUUUCAUUUUCAGUGUUGUCAUUAUUAAUUCAAUAGAAACAAAAUGCAUUUCACUCCAUAAUAUAAAUCAAGAAAUUACAGAGAGAAAUCAAAACAUUUUCUCAUUUGAGAAUGACUUAAGAGACCCACCCAAUCAUAUUCCACUGAUUUAUGUAAAAAAAACGAAUCUUGGAAUGAGUAUUGAAUUUCCAGUUUUAUUUCAUUUUUAUAUAUGUACAUUUCAUUUCUCAUGUACCAUAAAAACAAAAAUUAUGUGAUUUUCUGAUAGUUUUAUUUUUAAGCCCGUUUUGUGAUUUACCCCUAUGCCUUUGGUGCCCCAAGACCACACUUUAUAUCACACUUCUGUGCAAGUUUUUUUUGUAUGUAAUACAAUAAGACAUAAUUAAGUAAAUAAAAUCAAAAAGAUAAAAUAUGGAAUUAAACAGCUCAAAAAGGCACCAAACAUUUCAAAAUCCCAUUUAUAAACAAUACUGUUCACAGACAUAUGACUGUUGAAAGGUGAUGAAUGUCGGGUUAAGGUUGGAUAUAUCAAUAAACGUCCAACUGAUGCCCAAUAUAACCCCAAUAUUGUACCUGUGUGUCCUUAGCAUUCCCUAGAGUUACCUCCCCUAGAAUUACCUCCUCUAGAUUAACCUUUAUAUUUACCUUGUUUAUUACUUAUUUAAUUUAUUUUCAGGAUAGUUUUAUUUAUACUUGGAAAAAAAAUAUGAUUUAAGGAUCCCCGUACUUCUGCCCAAAAUCGUCAGCUAUGCAUUGCAAACAGUUUCUUCUGGUAUAACUAUAGCUAUAAUAACUUAUAAUAAUAAAUCAUUUCUGAAAAGACGACCAUAACUUGCAGUAUUGCAGAGAUAACAGGGAUUUGAAUCCUGGACUUCAGAUUAUUAUACUAUUGCUUUAACUGACUGAGCUCCCUAGUCAACAUAAGUCCUUUCCCAACUAUACUCAGUUACAGCCUUAACAAAAUUAAGGGAGGUGACUAUAUAUACGAAAAAACACAGUGUAGCGGAACAGGGAUCCUAGCUUAAUCAGAGUAUUUAUAAAAGAAUUAGUGUUACAAAUGAGCUUAACAAAACAUAUAGUUUGCAAGUUUGAGACAACAGCAGGCAAUCGUGUCAAUCAGCUGUUCUUAUAUCAGUUUUACCCAAAGUUAUCAAUCCUUAUACCAAUUAAACAUAGUGUAGAAUUUAGUUUAUUUGUGUAUCAUCAAUAAUCCAUAUUGUAUACUAAACUAGUACAUUAUACUUGAAAGGCUAUUUCACAAUUCAUGGUGCAAAAUAUUUAAAAGAUAAUGAAUAUUUUCUUGACCAUGUAGUUUGAUUAAAAAUUUAGAAUCAGUUAGAAAAAUGUAAGUUUGAAUAUCAAUUUACACUUAACAGGGAUUCUCAACCAAUACCUGACUUGAGUUUUAGAUUUUGUUUCCUAUUUAAGCUAUUCCCUAAAAUGCAAUUAUAAAUCAGUUUUGUGAUGUUUUUACAUUACCAAACAAGUACAAGUUACUUGAAAUGAUCAGAUGUCUUAUCAUGGACAGUGGCCUGAUUGAUUAUAGCUGUAAAAUUGAUCUCAACACAAUUACUUAAAAACACAAAAAUAUAAUGCUUUAACACAAAAAAAUCACGUAAUAAUUCACUUAAGCAUAGCAAUAUAUUGGUUUACUUGUGUGUGUUUGAAGGGAUUUAAUUAAAUGACUUGCCCCUUGAUAUGUUUAAGGGCUGGUUUGGAAUUAUAUUUUAAUAAUAUAGAAAUAGUGUGUAUUAAAUCGUACGACAGUGGUCUUAAACCGUGUAUAAACUAAGGUAUAGGUAAGAGUUCCCUUGUCAAGUAUUAGUUACCAUGGUCAGUGAGAGUUAUAAAACAUUUAGUGAGCAGCUAAACCUGCUUAUUGACUCAUUCACCCCUAAAGACACAUUUGAACCCUUCCAAUUCAAAGGUUGGAAUAGUUCAUUAUGAUAUUUCAGGGGUGAAUGAAUUGAACAUCUCCUCAGGAUGCUUGAGGCCAAAGUAUUGAAUGUGUGAAGUAAAGCCAAAUACAUAUCUAAAACAGACUAAGGCAGGGAUCUAUACUAAGACCUUGUCAUUAUAUCACUUAUGGCUAUUGACAUGGACGUUCUGCGAGUCAUGUCAAUAAAUCAGUUACUUGGUUGAUGGUGCCCUCGGGGACCUGUGAUUCAACACAGUCUAUCAUACUGUUUACUGGUGUAGGUUGGUAAUGUCACAAUGUCAAUAGUUAUUGAUUUACAGCUUCUAGAUAUAUUCUGCAAUAUUUUUUUUCAACCCCACAGAAAGCAGUGCCAAAAAUAUUAUAUUUUUAUUUUCAUGCUUAACCCUGAAAAGAUGAAUAUAAGGGAUUUUUGCUUUAGACAGCAGAUAACAAAAUUGUAAAAAUGAAAAUUUGUUGAACACAAGUUAUUGGUUUCAAAGUCUAUUUUCUAUGUGAUCAUAUUAUAAAGCAAUUUCAUUUGUAAAUGAAAUGUCUUCCAUAAGUAAGUUGAUCUUGGUUGACCGGAUAUUCUGACAUGUGUUUGUCUCCAGAAAUGUAUUAGGUUACUUAUUGAAUGUUAUUUAUGAACAUUUUAAUUGAUUCAUGUAUUGUAUCUUAUUUAAAGAAUGGUUGAGAAACAGAGGGUAUAGUUGUUAUGUAGUGAAUAUGUGUAGCGAUUAGUUUCCCUUACGGUAAUACGGUUGUCUCCCUUGUAGAUGUAUACAUCACAGUAACUGCCUAAAGUAGACCACGGGAUUAGAUUAGCCCAUGCUUAGACACAUUCAAAUGCAUUUAUAAAAAGAUUAAAUGUGUUUUAAUUGUUCCACAUUUUAGUAGAAUGUUGGGAAAUUGGGACAAUUUUAAUGUCCAAAUUUGUAUGUAAUUUAGAAAAAUAUGGACUAGUCUAGUGACAAUGAUUUAUGUAGUAAAAUAUAGACACAGCGGUGAAUGGAAGGUAGGUGAGUGUGUGCCGUUAAUGUGAUAUACACUAUGGGCCGCUUCACAUAUCUCUUUGUUACCGGUAGUGGUGGAAAGUAUAACUGGUUAUAGCUAUGGAAGUCAUUGUCAUGUCAUUACACUUCCGCUUCAUUGACGCUCCAUUACCAACCCUCAUAUUUCUUGUAUAUGUUAUAAUACAUUUUCUGGCCUCUUAUACACGUUUUAUAAUAAUUCUAGUUCUUCAACAAUAGAGUAUUUCUAUGACUGCUUUAAUUACGAUUUUACUGAUGUACUAAAUCUACUACUUAAAAGCUUUAAUAUAAUUUUAAUUUGUAAUUGUUUUUGUAAUGAUGUUUAACCAAAGUCUAUCAAACUGGAAGGAGUUCGGAGUGUGAGACACUCCAGCAGUGGAAAUUGAUCCGUCAAGUUAGGUCACCUUGUAGAUCAGAACUAAACGUUAGGUCACAAUGUAGAUCAGAACUAAACGUUAGGUCACAAUGUAGAUCAGAACUAAACAUUAGGUCACAAUGUAGAUCAGAACUAAACAUUAGGUCACAAUGUAGAUUAGAACUAAACGUUAGGUCACAUUGUAGAUCAGAUCUAAACGUUAGGUCACAAUGUAGAUCAGAACUAAACGUUAGGUCACAAUGUAGAUCAGAACUAAACAUUAGGUCACAAUGUAGAUCAGAACUAAACGUUAGGUCACAAUGUAGAUCAGAACUAAACGUUAGGUCACAAUGUAGAUCAGAACUAAACAUUAGGUCACAAUGUAGAUCAGAACUAAACAUUAGAGCCCGGAAUCAGUACCAAACGAAUCUGGUCUGUAUAGAAAGUGACUGGGUCAGUUUUAAACAUUAGAGCCUGGAGUCAGUACCAAACGAAUCUGGUCUGUAUAGAAAGUGACUAGGUCAGUUAUAAACAUUAGAGCCCGGAGUCAGUACCAAACGAAACUGGUCUGUAAAGGAAGGGACUAUGUCAGUUCUAAACAUUAUAGCCCGGAGUCAGUACCAAACGAAUCUGGUCUGUAUAGAAAGUGACUGGGUCAGUAACAAAUGAGCUAUUUGCAGUUGUUGGUGUCCUUAUUCCAUAAUCCUAAAGGACUGAUCGUGGGCGGCGAAUCCACACACACCUUCCUCACCUCCAAAAAGGUUAACUUCGCUGCCAUUAUCUGUUUGCCUACAACGCAACUAGUUUUGGUAAUGACGGUAUUGGAAUGACCUCCCUUCCCCUUCAAAAGCACACAAUUGAAGAAGAUCAUGGACAGAAGUAAUUAUUGGUGAUAGUUACCAUAGUGUGGUUUUGUGAGCAGAGAAUAACCUGUCGUCUGGUACUGAUACCAGCAUUGUUAAUAUUAUAUCACUCCACCAAUAGGAUCUAAGUAGUACACCAAAUGUAAUCGUUUGUUAAUUAUUAACUAACAAUUUUGUCCAUACCGCUCUUUACGUUUGCCCGUAGUAGAUAUGUGACUUGCUUGUAUUAUAUGUGCGAUUGUGUGGGUGAAUGGAAUAGUGUGUUUUUUGCGUGUUUUAAACUCAGUAUUUUUUUAGAAAUUGAAAUGACUUGUCUCUAGAAUUAAAAUCAACGACCGUAUCCGAUUGAAGUUUAUUUUGGUGGUAGUCCUCAUGAAACCUCGAAUUUUCUUGAAAUAAUAAAAUGUGCUCGUUACAUGGUG